CUCUCUCUCUCUCUCUCUCUCUCUCUCUCUCUCCAUGGAUAAGUCCUGCAACAGCCAAGAAGUAGAGGUGAGGAAAGGGCCAUGGACUAUGGAGGAAGACCUCAUCCUGAUAAACUACAUCGUUAAUCAUGGGGAAGGUGUAUGGAACUCGCUGGCCCGAUCAGCAGGCUUGAAGCGCACUGGGAAGAGCUGCCGGCUCCGAUGGCUCAACUACCUGAGGCCCGAUGUAAGGCGGGGAAACAUCACACAUGAGGAACAGAUCUUGAUCAUGGAACUCCAUUCUAGGUGGGGUAACAGGUGGUCAAAAAUCGCAAGGCAUCUACCAGGCAGGACCGACAACGAGAUCAAGAAUUAUUGGAGAACAAGGAUUCAGAAGCAUAUCAAGCAGGCGGAGCCUUUCGCAAACCAAAAUUUCACACCUGCACAGACCGCAAGCACGAGUUACAGUUGCAGUACCGAUCAAGACGGAUCAGGACCAUGUUCCCCACCAAUGAACUUCACCAGCAAUCCCGAGCCAUUUACGACUCCUUUGUCGUUGGAAUCAAAUGAUAAUUAUGAUAGCUUUUGGAGCAUGGAGGAUCUCUGGUCGACACAGUUCUUUAAUAGUGAUUAGGAAUUUAAGUUCUUUUUAAUCGAACUACGCUUUACGUAUGAUAUCAUGUAUGUAAUGUCUUUUUUUAGCAUUUUCUAAAAUGCUAUUUAGACUACGGUCAAUGCCUGUGGUGGAACAAAGGAAAGUUAAUUAAGGUGUGUUUAUACAAUAAAUGAGAGGGUAUUUUAUUUGUUUUA